GGACCAAUGAAAAUCACAAGACUCGCGUCAAACAGAGUCCCAUAUUCCCCACCUUGGAUAUAUGCAGCUUUGGACCAAAACUUCCGACGGCCUACCUACCCACUCGACACCUCCAAGCUCCAACAACAACCCAGAAAAGAAAAAAAAAAAGCGGGGGAGAUUUAAGAAGAUCACAGGACCGGACAGACUUGGUGAGGGUGAGACUAUCUCCCUAUAUUAUGCCCAUUUUAGUUCUUCAAUUUCCUUUCCUCUAAAUUUUCUCCCUUUGGGUCUCGACUGCUCUCUCUCUCUCCUCCUAUUCUUUUUCAUUUUCCCCUCAAAAAAAGGGGACCUUUUUUCAGUGGCUUCUUCUUUUACACUUGUUGAAUGAAUGAAGCUAAACUCUAGCCUACCACUCUGAAAUCAAAACAUGGGAGAAGCAAUGGGGCAGAUAAAAGUAGAGGUAGUACACGGGAAAAGACUGGUGAUCAGGGAUUUCAAGAGCAGUGAUCCUUAUGUCCUUCUCAAGCUUGGAAAUCAGACAGCAAAAACCAAAGUUAUAAACAGCUGCCUCAAUCCCGUUUGGAAUGAAGAGUUUAGUUUCACCUUCUCUGAACCUGUUGGAGUUCUCAAGCUGGAAGUGUUCGAUAAAGAUCGGUUCAAGUCUGAUGACAAGAUGGGACAUGCUGAGCUUAGUCUUCAACCCUUAGUUGCUGCAGCGAGGCUGAAGCAGAUUCUUAGCGUUGCCACUGAUGGGAUGACCUUGAGAAAGGUUAUCCCUGAGAGCGAUAACUGUCUAGCCACUGAAAGCUCCAUUGUUUGGGCAAAUGGUGAGGUGAGGCAAGAUGUUUGGCUGAGGCUGUGUGAUGUGGAAUCUGGUGAAGUAGAGUUGAAGAUCAAGCUAGUGAAUCUUCCUGCAGUUUCCCCAGCAAGGUAGUGGGGGAGCAAAUGUUCGGCACAAGUGUUUGAUAACCCGUUAAUGUGCACAGAAGCUGAUGUCGACAGUUGAGAAUCUCAGAGUCUAACCUAUUCCAGCUAUCCUUGGAGUAACGAAGAUUUCAAAGUAGUUUGUAGAGGAGGAUUGUUGUGUUUCAAUUGUAGUUAUGGAGAUAGUGGGUCUAAGUUGCUAUUCACUCACUGUGAAACAUAAUGGUUUUCUCUAGCAUAAGAUGUUAAAGAGGGUUGUAUGUGAAAUGCGUGCAGUGUUUGUCUCCGUAAAUUUUCAUUUUGAAUUUGGCAUUA